AUGCCUCCCGGCCUGGCCAGAACCGUCAGCAGCGCCAGCAGCGACAACAGCGCUCCUACCAGCUCACCCCGCUUUCCGUCGACUUCGAGCCGCCUUAAAACUGACCACUUUCCGCUCUCUCCUCGUGUCUCCAUGACCAUCUCCAUCGCAAUAACCGGCAUGUCUUCGCUACGUCGAUGGUUUGACGGCUUUCGCCCCAUUCAGGAUGAUCCGCUGCGCCAACCCAGCGUCCCUUAUGCACAGUCGACGAGUGCUUACGGCAGCUCCACCACCAUGCACCACGAGAACCCCUUCUACUCGGGCGAAAACCCAAGCUUCCAGACCCUAGCUCCCGGCACCUCCGAGGGCCAUGCAGGCUACGGCUACGACGAAGAGUACAAAGUGCCGCUCACCGAGUCUGCAGACGAAAAGUACGGCUUCUCCAACGCCAGCCACAGCGCCUACAAUCUCGCCAACCCGAGCUCGUUCCCCACGCCAGCACCCUACGGCGGUCCAUCAUCCUACUCGUCCGACCUCGGGCCCGAGGACAGCGCAAGCCAGGUCGCAUGGGCAAAGCGCCAGCAGGCGCCCAAGCGCGGCCUCACCAAAAAGGUCAAGCUCACUCGCGGUCAUUGGAUUGUCGACCACCCCGUCCCUACCGCCAUCAAGAACUCGGUCGAGCCAAAAUGGGCCCAAGGCAGCCGUACCCAGGAGUUCUCGCACAUGCGCUACACCGCCGCCACGUGCGAUCCGGACGAGUUUACGCUCGAAAACGGCUGGAGCCUGCGCACCUCGUCGCAGUACGGCCGCGAUACGGAGCUGCUCAUUGCCAUCACCUACUACAACGAGGACCGCAUCCUGCUCGCACGCACGCUCCAUGGCGUCAUGCUCAACAUCCGCGACAUUUGCAAGAGCAAGGCCUCCAAGUUCUGGCGACGCUCCGCCGAGGAAGGGCGCCCCGGAUGGCAGCGCAUCGUCGUCAGCCUCAUCUUUGACGGCAUCGACCCAUGCGACAAGGAGGUGCUCGAUCUGCUCGCAACCGUCGGCGUAUACCAGGACGGCGUCAUGAAGCGCAAGGUCGACGGCAAGGACACCGUCGCCCAUCUCUUCGAAUACACCACCCAGCUCUCGGUCGACCCCACACCCGCGCUCAUUCAGCCCCACGGCGACGACGCCUCCAACCUUGUGCCCGUCCAGAUGAUCUUCUGUCUCAAGCAGAAGAACAGCAAGAAGAUCAACAGCCACCGCUGGCUCUUCAACGCCCUCGGCCGUCACCUACAGCCGGAGCUCUGCGUGCUCAUCGACGCAGGCACCAAGCCCGGCCACAAGUCACUCUACUAUUUGUGGGAAGCGUUCUACAACAACGCCAACCUCGGCGGCGCGUGCGGCGAGAUCCACGCCAUGAUCAAGAACGGACGCAAGCUCAUCAACCCGCUCGUCGCCGCGCAGAACUUCGAGUACAAGAUGUCCAACAUCCUCGACAAGCCGCUCGAGUCGACGUUUGGUUACGUCAGCGUGCUGCCCGGUGCCUUCAGUGCCUACCGCUUCCGCGCCAUCCAGGGCAGACCGCUCCAGCAGUACUUCCACGGCGACCACACGCUCGCCGAUCGGCUCGGCAAGAAGGGGCUGCACGGCAUGGACAUCUUUACCAAAAACAUGUUCCUCGCCGAGGACCGCAUCCUGUGCUUCGAGCUCGUGGCCAAGGCAGGCGACCGAUGGACGCUCACCUACGUCAAGCCGUCCAAGGGCGAGACGGAUGUGCCCGAGGGCGCGGCCGAGCUGAUCUCGCAGCGUCGACGCUGGCUCAACGGAUCCUUCGCUGCGUCCAUCUACUCGCUCGUCCACUUUUUCCGGAUCUACAAGUCCAACCACGGCAUCAUCCGGCUCUUCUUCUUCCACCUCCAGGCGCUCUACAAUGCCUUUGUGCUCCUCUUUUCGUGGUUCGCGCUCGCCAACCUCUGGCUCACGUUUUCGAUCAUCAUCGAGUUCCUGCCCGACGAGCUGCUCAAGGACCAGUCGCAAACCACGCUCGUCGUCUUCCACUGGAUCAACCAGGCUGCCAAGUGGGUGUACGUCUUCUUCCUCGGCCUCCAAUUCGUACUCGCGCUCGGCAACAGGCCCAAGGGCGAAAAGACGACGUACAUUGUGUCGUUUAUCGUGUUUGGCAUCCUGGGUCUCUACCUCAUCUUUACGUCGCUCUGGCUCACGGUGAGGGCGCUCGUGCACACGAGCUUCUCGGGCGACCUUUGGCAUGCGCUGUUCAACCAGACCACGGGCGUGCUCAUCGCGGCGCUCGCGGCGACGUUUGGCAUCUACCUCAUCGCCUCCAUCCUGUACGCGGACCCGUGGCACAUGAUCACGUCGUUCCCACAGUACAUGCUCAUCGCGCCCUCGUUCAUCAACGUGCUCAACGUAUACGCCUUUUGCAACCUGCACGACGUCAGUUGGGGCACCAAGGGAUCGGACAAGGCGGACGCGCUGCCCACCGUCGACACCAAGAAGGACAAGGGCACCGAGCCGGGCACGGUGGAGGAGAUCGAGCGCCACCAGGACGACAUUGACGAGACGUUCAAGGCGGUGGUCUCGCGCGCCGUGGCGCCGUUCAAGCCCGUCGAGACGGUGGAGAAGCCGACGAUGGACGACAGCAACAAGACAUUCCGCACGCGCCUCGUGGCGUUCUGGCUGCUCACCAACGGCGCGCUGACCGUGGCGAUCGAGAACGUCAACGGCGUCAACACUGGCCUCACCAACAGCCAGAUCGAGCAGCAGCAGAGCUCCAAGCAGUCGACGUACUUUAAGAUUAUCCUGUGGGCGACGUUUGGGCUGUCGCUCUUCCGCUUUGUGGGCUGUCUGAUCUACUGGGUCAAGCGCAACACCACGCGCUGCUUCCGCAAGACGUAG